AUGCCUAGCGCAAUCACAGACGAGACCACCUGGGUCACGACUGAAGUCCCAGGACCAUUAUCGAAGCAAAAAAUUGCGGCUUUAAACAAAGUCUUUGACGCAAGAGCCGUUCACUUCGUGGUAGAUUACGAGAAGAGCCAUGACAACUAUAUUGUCGACGUGGAUGGUAACAAAUACCUCGAUGUCUACAGCCAAAUUGCUUCGAUCCCAGUGGGCUACAACAACCCAACCCUCAUCGCGGCUGCCAAGUCUCCAGAAAUGAUCUCCGCUCUCGUCAACCGCCCAGCGACAGGCAAUUUCCCUUCAGAGAACUGGUUCGCACUUCUCACAGAAGGUCUGCUACGCGUUGCCCCUAAAGGCCACAACCAACUCUUUACUGCCCAGUCAGGUUCUGAGGCGAAUGAGCUGGCAUACAAGGCGGCAUUCAUGUAUUACCAACGCCAAAAGCGAGGCGAAGGUGUUGAGUGGAGCGAUCACGAAAUCGAGUCGUCAUUGCAUAACACUACCCCGGGUUCACCAGACCUAUCCAUUCUGAGUUUUAAGAACUCAUUCCACGGACGAGGCUUCGGUAGUUUAUCCACUACGAGAUCGAAAGCUGUUCACAAACUUGAUAUUCCAUCAUUUGAUUGGCCACAUGCAGCAUUCCCAGCACUCAAAUAUCCACUUGAGGACAAUGCUGAAGCCAACAAGGCCGAAGAGGAAGCCAGCCUCCGAGAAGUGGAGGAGCUCAUUACUACCUGGCCAAACCCUGUCGCAGCCGUAAUUGUUGAACCAAUCCAGAGUGAAGGUGGCGACAAUCACGCCUCUCCAGCCUUCUUCCAGGGUCUACGAUCUCUCACGAAGAAACACGGCGUACUACUCAUUGUAGACGAAGUACAGACCGGGUUUGGUGCGACUGGCAAAUUCUGGGGUCAUGAUCACUGGAACUUGAGUACCCCGCCCGACAUGGUCACAUUCUCAAAGAAGGCUCAGACAGCAGGCUAUUUCUUUGGAGAUGCAAAAUUGUGUCCAGACAAGGCUUACCGCCAAUUUAACACCUGGAUCGGCGAUGCCGCACGCGUACUUCUGUGCAAUGCUGUGAUCGAUGAGAUCCUGAAGCGUAACCUCGUGGAACAGACCGCACAAGUGGGAGAACAGCUUUACGCCGCUCUGGAGCAGGUAGCUGCGAAAUACCCGGAUCGCGUGCAUAAUUUGCGCGGCAAAGGUCAAGGAACAUGUAUUGCAUUCGAUACAAUCAAUGCGGCGGGUCUGGUGAAGAAGAUGAAGUCUCUGGGCGUGAAUAUUGGUGUCUGUGGUAAGGAGACUGUCAGACUUCGACCAAUGCUGAUCUUUGAGGCCGAAUUGGUCCCUAAAUUGGUGGGGACUCUCGAGAAGGCCAUUCUGGCAACUUGA